AUGGAUGCGUUCUGUGCACACGUACGGCCACACACUAACAGUGAACGACGCAGGUCUGAGCCAUACAACUCGACGGCGUUCGGCGCGUACGCGAAGGAGGCAAACGCGCCGGCGUUGCCGGAGACGCAGCGGCUGUACCAGAGACUGCAGGAGCUGGGCAUCAAGCCGGUGAUCCUGACGGGGCGACGCGAGGACAAGCGGGAGUCCACGGCCAAGAACCUCGCCGCUGCGGGGUACACCGGCUACGAGAAGCUGCUGCUCAAGCCUCAGAACGUCAGGGUGACUUCGGUGGAGUUCAAGUCCGGUGAGCGGAAGAAGCUGGUGGACGCCGGGUACGUCAUCGUCGGCAACAUCGGCGACCAGUGGACUGACCUCCUCGGCGAGCCGGAGGGCGAUCGCACGUUCAAGCUGCCCGACCCCAUGUACUACGUCGGCUAG